AUGACUGAGAUACCAUCUUAUUGCUAUGCAGAUGGAGGAAAGACAUUAAACUCCAUCUGCAUCCAAAAAUCCAAUUUAAUCAUUUCAGGCGAUUGCGAAGUUUUUGGUGGCACAGAUCCUAUUACCUAUUGUUUUAAAACAGUCAAAGACAUUCUUGAAACUUUUUCUUUUAAAUCGAAACCGAAAUUAAAAAGAAUAAAUGAUUAUGCUUUUUACACCUGUUCGAAGUUGCAAAGUGUUGAUCUUUCAUCAUGCCAAGAUCUAGAAUAUAUUGGCCAAUAUGCUUUUUUUCAAUGUUAUUCAAUUGCUACUUUACUACUUCCAGAAGGCUUAAAAAGCAUAUCAAAAUAUGCUCUAAAUAAAUUAAAGAUCACAAGUAUAAAUAUUACAUCUACAGUUACUACUAUUCUAGAUUUUGGAAUUUCUCAAUGCUAUUCACUAUCUAGUAUUACUUUUACUCCUGGUUCACAGCUUACUACAUUAUCUUCAAAUGUGUUUUAUGGAGAUAAGCUUACAACUUUCGAAGUACCCGAAAAUGUUUCGUAUGUUAAUGGCUUAGCUUUUGCUGGUAUAACAUCGAUGAAAACAAUUACACUAAACAAUAAAAAUCCUUAUUUAUCCUUUGAUACAAAAGCUAUUUAUAAUUUAGAUAAAACACAAAUUAUAUAUUGCGCCUCUAAUUGUGGAAACAGCUAUACCAUUGAUCCAAAUGUAGUUUCUAUAAACAGUGGAUGUUUUGCAAGUACACAGCUUUCAACAAUAAUCAUCCCGGAUAAAGUUACUUCAUUAGGAACUUGGGCAUUUUAUGCCGCAACAAAUCUUAAGCAAUUAACUCUUCCAAAAUCCUUAAAAACAAUCGAUAAUAGUUGUUUUUAUUCAAGUAAAUUAACGUCUAUUGUUAUUCCAGAUAGUGUUGAAACUAUUAACAAAGAAGCAUUUGCAAAUUGUAAUGAUUUGACUAGCAUUACAUUGCCGAAGUCAUUAAGAUCAUUCGGAGGAAAUGCAUUGGCUUCUAAUCCGAAUAUAAAAUAUACUUCAAUCAACAACGAAUUCAUUUAUUUUGAUGAUUAUUAUGUUAUUUACAUUGACAAAAACAAAUCUGUAUCGCAAUACUUAGGAUCAAGAUCAGAAAUAGUUCUCCUUAGCUCUGUUACAUCUAUAAAAACGAACUCGUUCCAAAAUAAAUUGGCAUUGACAUCUGUUACAUUUGAUGGUGAUUCAAAUUUAGAAACAAUUGAACAAGGCGCAUUUUCAGGUUGCUCAAAUCUGAAAACAUUUACUUUUGGCUCUAAAAUCAAGUCAAUUGGAGAUUCAGCAUUUUCUGGGACACAAGUUUCAGGUGAUAUUAAAUUCCAAGCAGAUCUUACUACAAUAGGACCGAAUGCUUUUCAAAAUAACAAGAAUAUUGCUUCGCUCUCGUUUUCUUCAUCUUCUCCUUUGACAAUCUCAGAAAAUGCAUUCUUGAAUUGUGAGAAAAUCAGUUCAAUAUCAUUUAAAACUACAUCACAAGUAAGUUUAGGUAUUAAAUCUUUCAGUGGAUUGACAUCUUUGCUGAAUAUUAUUAUACCAGGGAAUGUAAAUUCUGUCGGCUCAGGUUGUUUCAUGAACAGUGGACUUGUUCAAGUUACAUUUACUUCAGGGACAAUUGGUUUUGGCAAUCUGUCAGCUUCCAUGUUCAAAGGUUGUACUAAUUUGUCUAUGUUUAGUAUUCCAAGUAACUGCGAAAACAUAGGUCAAGAGUCACUCAGCUUCACAGGAAUUACAUCUCUCGAUAUUCCAGACAAUGUUGUAACUCUUGAUGACCAGUGUUUGAGAGGAUGCAGCCAACUUGUUUCUAUCCAUAUUGGAAGUGGCAGCAAACUUAGCCGCAUUGGCUUUGGAGUUUUCGAUGGCUGCUCAAAGUUUUCAACUGUCAAUACCUUCCAAUCCCAAAACUUCCUUUGUGAAAGUAGUGCAAUUUAUAGUAGUAAUAGGUACAGAAUGCAUGUCUAUCCACCAGCUUCAUCUCGUGUUUUCUUCUCUCUUCUUGAAGGUGUUCAGCAUAUUGAAGACAGCGCAUUUAUAAGUUGCGCGCAUCUAGAGUCUAUAAUGCUGCCUGAAAAUUCACUUACUAGUAUUGGUGUAAGUGCAUUCCAAGGAUGCACAUCACUGAAACAAAUUACUAUUCCAUCCAGUAUACAAAGUAUUGGAUCUAAUGCAUUUUUGGACUGCCCUCAAUUGAAAUGCGGAGUGUUAAUUCAAGGUACAAGUAAAAAAGCUAUAGUUAAUUUAUUAAAAACUUCUGGACUUCAAAUCGAUUCCUUUAAUUUCUGUGAAGGUUAUUCGUGUAAAAGUGAUUAUCAUAGUAUUGGUCGUGUUUCAUUUUCUUAUAUAACUGUAUUUAUUUUAAUGUGA